AUGGGCUCUUUAUCAAAAAAGGGCUUCAAAAAAAUAAAUGAAGGUCAAUGGUCUGUAACAUACAUUUCUGGCGAGUCAUUGGUCAAAUUCUUAACUAAUCCUGUAUUAUGUUAUUGUGACAAGGACGUUUGUGACGAUGAUUCGAAAUACGACAAAAAACUCUGCAAUAUGGAUGUAGAUGUUGGAAUUGAUUGUAUUAUUGAAAUACCUGGAAACUAUAUUAAUACAAAAAAUUGCUACUACAUGUCCACAUCAGCAAAUGAUCCCGUUUUUGAAAAAUUGUUGAAAGUUUCUGAAGGUAAAUAUCUUUAUUACAUGGAUAAAGAUAAGCAUAUUACUGAUGUCAAAAGUGAGCAAGAAAAUGUCAUUUACUGGAGUCCUGAUUGCAAAUAUGAAAAAUUUAAAGUAUGCUUAGGAUAUAUUAAAGUUUUAAGUAAGAUAUUAAUCAUGAUAUAA